GCGGGGCUCAUCAGGUCAGGUCCCGUUAAAAGGAUGGGAGCGCCCGGGACCCAUCUCUCUCGGGUGGAGCCUUCAGGGAGCUGGUGCGCCUGUCCCGCGAACAUCCUCCUGCCCUCAAUCAUGGCUUGUGGUCUUGAGGCCAGCAACCUGAAUCUGAAACCUGGGGAGUGCCUCCGAGUGCGGGGCGAGGUGGCCCCUGACGCCAAGAGCUUCGUGCUGAACCUGGGCAAAGACAGCAACAACUUGUGCCUACACUUCAACCCUCGCUUCAACGCCCACGGGGACACCAACACCAUCGUGUGCAACAGCAAGGACGGCGGCGCCUGGGGGGCUGAGCAGCGGGAGACUGCCUUUCCCUUCCAGCCCGGGAGCAUCGCAGAGGUGUGUAUCAGCUUCGACCAGGCAGACCUGACCAUCAAGCUGCCAGAUGGAUACGAAUUCAAGUUCCCCAACCGCCUCAGCCUGGAGGCCAUCAACUACAUGGCAGCUGACGGUGACUUCAAGAUCAAGUGUGUGGCCUUUGACUGAAACCAGCUAGCCCAUGGCCCCCAAUAAAGGCCUCUGCUCCCUCUGAA